AUGAGUAACAAGAUUUUUAAUAUGAUAGCAUUUCCGGAGGCCAUGACUAAUUUGCCUUCUUCUUACUAUGAGGCUGAGAAAUUGAUGAAUACAUUGGGAUUGGGUUAUGAAAAGAUCGAUGCAUGUCCUAAUGAUUGUUCUCUUUAUUGGGGUAGUGCUGAAAAAAGAACUUCAUGUGAAACAUGUAACGAGCUUAGGUGGGUUGUUUCAGAAAAUGAUCCAACUAGGGAAAAAAGGAAAAUUCCUCAAAAAGUGUUGUGGCAUUUUCCCUUAAAACCUGGAUUACAAAGACUAUUUAUGUCUUCUAAAAUUGCAUCUCAACUGAGAUGGCAUGAGGAAAAACGUACAAAAGAUGGUUGUAUGAGACAUCCAGCUGAUUCUCCAGCUUGGCAAACUUUUGACCAUCUACAUCCAGAAUUUGCUAAGGAUUGUCGAAAUGUUAGAUUGGGGUUGGCAUCUAACGGGUUUAAUCUAGCUGAUUCUCCAGCUUGGCAAACUUUUGACCAUCUACAUCCAAAAUUUGCUCAGGAUUGUCGAAAUGUUAGAUUGGGGUUGGCAUCUGACGGGUUUAAUCCAUUCAACAACAUGAGUUCUACACACAGUACUUGGCCUGUGGUUUUAAUACCAUAUAACUUACCUCCGUGGAUGUGUAUGAAGCAACCGUAUUUCAUGUUGUCCAUGUUAAUACCCGGACCAUCCUCUCCUGGGAAUAAUAUUGAUGUUUAUCUACAGCCUCUAGUUAAAGAACUAACCGAAUUGUGGGAUUUUGGCAUUCAAACUUAUGAUGCAUCCCAAAAAGAAAAUUUACAACUGCAUGCGGCUCUAUUGUGGACCAUUAGUGAUUUUCCUGGAUAUACAAUGUUAUCUGGGUGGAGCACUAAAGGUGAAUAUGCUUGUCCUGUUUGUCACAAGUUCACUUAUGCACGACGGUUGACUCAUAGUUUCAAAUAUUGCUAUAUGGGUCAUCGAAGAUUCUUAGAUAGUAAAUAUAAAUUUAGAAAGCAAGUCCAAUUCUUUGAUGGCACCGAAGAAUAUGGAAAGCAACCACCUUUGCAAACUGGGGAUAUGAUUGUGAGUGAAUUGGGAGACUUGCAAAUUAAAUUUGAAAAACUUGUGAAAGGUAAUCCGAAUCUGCCUUUUAAUUGGAAAAAGAGGAAUAUUUUCUUUGACUUGCCAUAUUGGAAAGAUAAUGUCUUAAGACACAAUCUUGACUUCAUGCACAUUGAGAAAAAUGUUUGUGAAAACAUUUGGGGGACAUUGCUGGAUAUUGAGGAUAAAGCAAAUGACCAUUAUAAUUCUCGCUGUGAUUUGAGAGAAAUGGGAAUAAGAAAAGAGCUGCAUUCCAUUGAGACAGAACCUGGAAAUGUGUACUUACCUCUAUCUUUCUUUGCAAUGGAUAAAAAACAGAAAACUAUGUUUUGCAAUGUGCUAAAAAAGGUGAAAGUUUCAGAUGGUUAUGUAGCUAACGUCUCAAGAUGCGUUCGAGUAAAACCACCAAGAAUUUCAGGGCUUAAAAGUCAUGAUAAUCAUAUCCUAAUGCGGCAAUUGAUGCCUAUAGCUUUGAGAAAGACUUUGCCAAAAUCAGUGCGCUAUCCUUUGAUUCGAUUGAGUAGAUACUUCAGGCAGCUUUGUUCUAAAGUUAUUUGUCCUCAAGAUGUGGUUCGUUUGGAAAGUGAAAUUGCCGUUAUACUCUGCGAUCUUGAGAAAUUCUUCCCACCAACCUUCUUCAAUGUCAUGGUGCAUUUAGUUGUUCAUUUGGCAACUGAAGUGAAAUUAGGUGGCCCGGUGCAUUAUCAUUGGAUGUAUCUCGUUGAGAGGUACUUAGGAACAUUAAAAUCUUAUGUUCGAAAUAAAAGUAGGCCUGAAGGUUCGAUUGCUCAAGGCUACUUGGUAGAAGAAUGCAUUAACUUUUGCUCAUUGUAUCUUGCGGACUAUGUUGAGACAAAAUUCAAUCGUCCAAAUAGAAAUGAAGAAAUACAUAAGGAAAUUGAAGAUGGUUUAGAUAUAUUCUGUGAAUCAGGAUAUCCUUUGGGGAGGGGCAAGCCAACAGUCUUUGAUGCUCAUAUCUUGAGUAAAGCACAUCAGUAUAUUUUAUUUAACUGUGAUGCUAUCACACCUUACAUAGAGCAGCAUCGUAGAUUGAUAGAAGAAGAACAUCCUCAAGUUCCACAACACCUAAAAGAGUGCUUGCACAGCAAAAAUUUUGCUUGUUGGUUUGCUGAACAUAUUGACAAGUUAGAACUUCCUCAAAAUGUUUCGGUGUUGAGAGACUUGAGGUUCCUUGCUAAAGAUCCAGAUGUUGUUGGAAUCCAACAUGAUAGUUUUGCAAGUAUAAGGGAUCAAAAUCCAGUUUUGAGUGAACUAGUUUACUUCGGCGUCUUGAAAAAUAUGAUUGAAGUAAUUUACGGAGGUCGUCGGGUGGUGUUAUUCGAAUGUGAUUGGAUAUCAAAUGGUUCGAGAAUGAAACAAGAUGCUGAUGGGUUUACUUUAGUCAAUUUUGCAAACGUGAGGCCUCAUGUUGAGCCAUUUAUACUCGCUUCACAAGCAUCACAAGUUUUAUAUGUGGAAGAUCCAACUGAUAAGGAUUGGCAAGUGGUUAUCUCUACCACUGCAAGAGCUGGAUAUAACAUGGGCACAACCAUGGAUGUUGAGACAUAUUUGCAAAGUGAUGUUGGCAAUCCUGUUGCUGAGAAUGAAAAUGAGGAAAUUAGUUGGGUUCGUGAGGAUGGACUUGGGAUUGAAGUUGAUUUGUCCCAAUAUAAUCUGAUUUAG